CGUAAGCGCCCCGUCCUGAGCUCCGGCUUGGUUUGGCGGAGAAGAUGGCGGCUCCUGGACCGGGGGAGUAUUUCAGCAUCGGGAGCCAUGUCGCCUGCCUCACCUGUCUGGGACAGCGCUUACAGGGAGAAGUCGUCGCUUUCGAUUAUCAGACCAAGAUGCUGACUUUAAAAUGCCCGUCGUCCAGCGGGAAGUCCCAUCUUAACGACGUCAUCCUGGUUAAUUUAGCCUACGUGUCCAAGGUGGACACCAUCAACGAGCGCAGCGGGACUCCGCCCCCUUUAGCAUCUCUCAAUUUCAGCAAGCUCGCCAGUAGAGCUCGGGCGGAAAAGGAGGACAAGUUUUUGCAGGCGUACGCGAUAAGCGCCGGAGUCUCGGCGGACGGCCAGCAGCUGUUCCAGACCAUUCACAAAACCAUCAAAGACUGUAAGUGGCAGGAGAAGAACAUCGUGGUGAUGGAUGACGUCGUCAUCACGCCGCCGUACCGAGCCGACAACUGUAGAGGCAAAGAGGGAAGUGCCUUAGGACACGUACGCAAAAUAGUGGAGAAACACUUCCGUGACAUGGACCAGAAGUCUGUGCCACGUUCACAAGCACAGCAAACACAGAAGGACUCUGUCUUGGCGUGAGCUUCGCCAACGCUACAUUUUUUUUUUUCCCGUUUGUUCGUUUUGGGGUUUUAUUUUGUAAUCUGCCUCGAGGCUGCGGCCGAGCUCGAGGUAACCCCGCCUCCUUCGUCUUCGUCUCCAGCACGAGCGAUCUACACGAAGAACAAAAAAAAAUCUGAAAAAACGGCCAAACCGACAGAAUAGAAGAAUUAGUUUUAGAAAAUAUUUAAAUUAACGAAGGAUUGUGUUUUUUUUUGUUGUUUUUUUUUUUGUCUGAAAUAAAUCUUCCUCACCUUCACAAAAUUGCCAAGACGACUGAACAUCAGGUGAACAUCGACCUCUCUGGUUGUAUUGUUUUUGUUUUGUUUUUUUGGUCACUUGAAAGCUACCGGACUUUUUCACGUUAAAGGUGUUUAAAAUAGCGCUUUUUAAAAAGCAGAUUGCAGCGAUGCGAGUGCGAGUUUCAUUAUUGCGUACAUUCACACUGCAGCGACCUUGGGCUCUAUUUCCACCUUUCUCUGAUUAUUUUUGUAUAGAAUUAAACAAAAGCCCAGCACAGAGGUCGUGAAGGUCGUUCAUGUCGCUUAUGAGCUGUCGAUUCGCCGCAGCACGAGAUCAGAUGUGUAUUCGUAUGCCUUCGAGAUGCACUGUAUGUUAAAUAAAUGUGAAACCCUGGCAACCGUAAAGUAAAAGUGAAGCUGGCUCCGCCCACUGAGCGGCUUUAGCAACGAUAAACACACAAGUGUUGUUGGGAAGCGAAAGGAAGCGAGCCGCAGUGUGAAUGUACCACCUGACAGUGGCGUCCAAUCAGAGCCCAGUUUCUGAACCUCAUCAUCAUCCUGAAGGAAAUCUCCACCCUGAAACAUUUAAAUAUCUCUGACGUGUCUCUGGUGCCGAUCAGUUGACCGCGGCUGUGUAACGACGUCGAGCAGAAGAGAUAAAGAUCAGAUUUUGCUCUUCAAGAUAAAAAACAAACUAACAAACACAGGAGCUUCUCUCACAGCUAUACGGCGCGGCUGAGACUCGGCUCCACCGCUUCUCCAUCUACGAGGCGACGAGGGCGGUGGUGUUAUUAGUGUGGGUCGUUUAGGAAAACUGAUAAUAUGAGACGCAGCCUGUAAAAAAAGUCUAAACUAAAAGCCCAGAUCACACGGUUACUCUAAAGAGGAACCGAACGUCGCUCAGAGGGAUUUUUAUUUUCUCCCUUGAUCCUCAGACACGUCGUAGCCGAUUCCACUACAGGAUCUUCACGGAUCGUGUCGGACUUCAGCUUAUCGUUACUCAAACACACCUAAACCUGAGUACCUCAGGAGUUUGUGGGCAUGUCCACACCUUUUUUUAUUUUUUUAUAAUAUUAUUAUUAUUAUUAUUAUUGUUAUUAUAAAUUCCUCUAAUAUCAUCAGGAUCAGGUGCUGGACACGAGUCAUCUCAGAGUUCUACAAUAAACAAAUCUGCUUUCUCUAAAGGCUCGUAACAAAAAUCUCAAAGCUCAAAACCGCAGGAGCGACGUUCAAGUUUACAUCAGCGAGGGACCUCCUCCACCUCCAUUACAGCUCUUAUAAUUAUUAUUAUUAUUAUUAUUAUUAUUAUUAUUAUUAUUAUUACAUUUACCAUUUCAUUGUGAACGAAGGCAGCGUCUGUUCACUUCUGUGCAGCAGAAAGAUGGAUUUUUUUUUUCACAGCAGUGUUCAUUCAGGAUCGGUGCAUUUGACCUCUUCACGUGUUCAGACACGGGAGGGAUGUUUUUUUUUUGCUUUCUUUCUUUUUUGCAGUUCUCGUGUCUCUCUCGAAACUGUGAACUGGAAGGAGUCAAGAUGUGACAUUUCAAAUACCUCUUGAGUCAUAACAGGACCUCAUUUUUUUUUCUCCCCAACACCUCAUUCCGUGACUGAUCGGUGCCGAUCUCCUGUCUGAUCGAGAAAACCAAACCUAAAACGCGUAAAGGAGCUGCCACGUUUCAGACGGAGAAGGUGCGGCGGUUCUUACGGUGCUCCGGCUCACGCCGUCCUGAUACGGAGGACUGUGGCACCAGACUGUGGCGGUUGUCUGCGUUCACGCUUCACAAGACCAACUCUUAACAAGCGCUAACAAACCCGUCGUCACUUAGGACUCUUUCUGUUUCAUUUUUAAAAACAUAACAUUAAAAUAACUAAUUAAAAAAAAGGAAAAGAGAA